AAAAGACGAUGACGGCUGCUGUGGGCUGUGAGGCCAAGACAUUUCGUGUUUCGACGCGUAACGCGACAGUUCCCCGGGCUAAAAAGCGCCUACGCCUCAGAAAAUAGUCAUCCGAAACGGUAACGCCUGCGGUCUAUGAGUGAUUCUUCGGUGUGGAGAAGAAUGGGUUUCAAGCACGCCAUGCUGCAGCGCAGUUACGACCUUUCGCCCUCGCCGGCGCGUACUUCACCCACCAAUGGAGUCCAGAACUUGGGAGCUGGGGCACAGUUGCCACCGGCUCAAGUCACUGACUUUAGCAUCAGUAAGAUUCUGGGCAAGGAGCGUAAAUCCGCUCAGGAUACGAGCACGAAUAUCCUGGAUCUAUCCAAGAGCAGUAGCAACAGUAUUAGGAGCCCACAGGCUCUUGGAGGGCUGGCAAUACCAUCAACUCCUUAUGCCUCCGGUGCCUACUCCAUGUUGCCGCCAGAUUUGGUGGCCAUGGCCAAUGCCACCAAGUUCUAUGCCCAAUUCUUCCCGCACUUACUGCCCGCCUAUGCGGCUGCUGCAGCGGCUGCCGGCUUGAGUACUCCUCCUACGUCGCCCUAUCAAACACAUCAGCAUCAGCAGCAUUUGCCAAAUCAGCAGAAACGCUUCUUUGCUCCCUAUGUGAUCAAUGGAUCGGUUCCCCCACCACCACCACUGCAGCAGCAACAGCAACCUCUCAUACGCACCAAAAGCACCGCAUGCACUCGUCCGGAUUGCCCGGAGUGCCUGGAUUAUUACCAAAGAUUGCAGACUGGUGGCUAUAAGCAGACCGCACCUCUCAUCUCACCCGCCGCCUCCUCGGUGAGCAGUUCCACCGGAUCAAUACGUCCUGUGAGGGAUCUGAUUAUGAGUGCCACUGGAGGAGCCGCCAGCACUAACAUCUCACUGACCACCGUGACCAAUCUGAGUCUGAACUCGGUCCAGGCAACGGCCGUCGGAAUGAUGCCCAAGAUGACCGGUGGACUGAUCACCACAGCCGUCGGCAGCAACAGUGGAGCAAUCGGUGGUAUCGGUGGAUACAAUGCCACAUCCGCCGAGGAGAUCAGCUACAAGUGCCGGAUUUGCGAGAAGGUAUUCGGAUGCUCUGAAACUCUGCAGGCUCAUGAAAAGACGCACAAAUCGCCGCGUUACGAGUGUGCGGAUUGUGGAAAGGGUUUCUCCCAGCUGCGAAAUUACAAAUAUCACCUGUCCGUUCACCGAGGAACCAAGGAGUUUGCCGCCGAGUGUCCCGAAUGUGGCAAGACAUUCAACGAUAAGGGAUAUUUGAGCAGUCACCUAAAGAUUCACCGGAACCGGAAGGAGUACGAGUGUCCUUACUGUCCCAAAUCGUUCAAUCAGCGUGUGGCCUUCAAUAUGCAUGUCCGGAUUCAUACCGGCGUGAAACCCCACAAAUGCAACGAGUGCGGAAAGAGAUUUUCGCGUAAAAUGCUGCUCAAACAGCACAUGAGGACGCACAGUGGUGAGAAACCGUAUCAGUGCUCCGUGUGCGGCAAGUCCUUUGCCGAUCGCAGCAACAUGACCCUGCACCAUCGCCUCCACUCGGGAAUCAAGCCCUUCAGCUGCCCCCUGUGCCCCAAAGCCUUCACCAAAAAGCAUCACCUAAAGACGCAUCUGAAUUACCAUACAGGCUGCAAGCCGUAUGUCUGCCCACAUCCCAACUGCAAUCAGGCAUUCACCCAGUCGAGCAAUAUGCGAACCCACGCUAAGAAGUGUCAGUACCGUCCGUUGGAUGGACUCACGGUCACAUCAUCCGCACUUCCAGUACCGGGAAAACAACAAACAGGUCCACCGCCCACUUUGGCCAUGGCCAUGGCUCAAACAUUUCAAAUGCCGCCACCUCCUGGAGUUCUAACACCUGGAUCUGGUCCAUCCCAACCGCCGAGUCAGCAAACCCUUCUCAGCAAUCUCAGGACAUUCUAAAUGGGUGGAAUCGUUGUGCCCGGCCAGUUUCAACCAAAUUUGUGGCAAUUACAAAGUGCAGUACUUCCACUGUUGUUAUUCAAUUUACAUUUAUUUUCAAGCAAUAAUUUUGCUAGAAAUUAAAUUAGGAAUAGACAUUAAUUAUUAUUAAAAUAGGCAUAUAUAUUGGCCAGUCAAU